ACUGCUGCUUUAAAAAGUAAUUUACAUGAACGAGCCUAGACCAGUCUUUGCAUGAUCAUGGAUCUAACAUGUUUUAAUUAUUUUUAGGGUUUGCUAUUCACUCCAGCUUAAGACAUGCCAUACUUGAAAAAAAAUCUUAAGAGUCAACCAUUGGCCAAAAAAUGGGAUAUAAAGGCACAGAAAUGUGGAUUGCGACACACAGUGUACUCCGUCAGUGGAGAUGAAUACAGAGGGGAAUGGCUGGAUAACAAGAAGCAUGGGAAAGGGACCCAAAUUUGGAUCAAAGAUGGAGCCAUUUAUAAUGGGGACUGGAAAUUUGGAAAAUGUGAUGGAUAUGGUACUUACAGUAAACGACUUCCAGAAACCAAUGAGUAUGAAAGACAAUACUGUGGUGAAUGGAAAAAUGGCAAGAAGCAUGGGUAUGGGACAUACUUCUACAGUAACUCAUCUGUUUAUGAAGGGGAGUGGAGUGAGGGCAAGAGGAGUGGCCGGGGAAGAAUGCAUUAUGACGAUGGAAAUAUAUAUGAAGGAGAGUGGAUGAAGGAUAAACAAAAUGGACAAGGCAUGAUUCAGUAUGCAAAUAACAACCGAUAUGAAGGAAGCUGGAAGAAUGGGGUGAAGAAUGGCAAUGGAAAGUUCUACUAUACAGACAAAGGUCAGCUUUAUGAAGGCAUUUGGGUGGAUGGAGUAGCUAAAUGCGGAACUCUCAUUGAUUUUGGAAGGGAUGAAGCCUCAGCACCGCCAAAAUAUUCAGUUCCAAAGGUACAUCUGGUGGACACUCAGCUGGUCUUGAUGGAAACCCAAUCAGCUCACCAUAAAUGAUAUUAAAGAACUUCAAGGGGAUCAACAAGUUCGACAUUCCUGAUACACCAGCUUCUCUGAACUUAAAGGAUCUAUAACCUUACGGUGCACACUUGAUAAGUAGUACAAUCUUCAGUAAAGUUGUUCCAACUUGCCAAAGUCAUGUGAAAUAUAGCUAGCAAUUUAUAUGACUACACUUAUUCAAGCAAUAGGAAGUGGUGUGGAGUACAAAAUGUACUCCAUAUGCACUCCGUAUGUACUCUGUAGUUUUCCACUUCUGUGUGUACGAAACUUCUCACUCAAUGCAGACACACACACCCAUUGUUCUCAUGCGUGUCCCCAUGGGGUCACAUAGCCACCUUAUCAUGAUUGCAUCCCCUUUGCCGCAUCCCAGGCACUGGGACAGCAAAGAUAAGAGUAACGGACAUACAGUCACUCACCAGUGCAAGAACAUGAUUAACUCAGAUGGUUUCCUGCAUACCUUUGUAAAGACAAUACCUUAGUUAAUGCAGGAAACAUAGGGUAUGACGCAACGGACUGUGCUAUAAAAAACCACUACCUCCAGCCCAGAAGCAGAGCAUAUUCUCACAGACUAACAUCUCUGUGGUCAUAUGUCUCUCCAUUUGCAGAUGCACUAAAGAUUCUCUGUUUGCUCCAAUGUUUGUCCGAUGAUUAUUCUCCCCAGGGGUUGCUGGGGCAAGAGCCCAUUAAAGGAUUAAGGAAAAUCCAUGACAGUGGACAAUACACUGUUAACUUAUUUUGGAAAUAUGUUUUGUCAAAUGAGUGCCAUGUAAAGGUGGAACAGUCUGUAAUAUUUAAACUUUCCUAAAGCAUGACAUGCCCAGUGCAGCAAUUGCAGCAAGCUAUAAUUUUUUCUUCUUUUUGAGCUGUGCCGUUGGCAGACAACACAUGGGUCUUUCCUGACAACGUGUCUUUCAAAGAGUUAAUCUGCAAGUGGAGUUCAGGUUCUUCACCUGCAAAGGCAAUCUUUAUUAAUGAUCAAGAACUGCUUAUAAUAACGCCAUCCUUUGGAUGAUCUGUGGAUGACAAGAGCAAAGCAUUUUCUUAUACAUUUAUAGCUGCCACCGAUCCCCCUCUUCAGCAUGUUUGAUCAGCUAAAUAACCAAUCAGCACCACUUCUCCAAGAGGUAGACAACCUACACAAGUGAGACAAGUAAACGUAGAGACGAAAAAUGACAAAUAUAAAAAUAUCUCAUAAGAUAUAGAAACAGAUGCUGAAGUGUUUGACAAAACAUAAUUCAAUCUUAUCAAUAUCAGUUUAGGAUAGCAAUUAUAGCGA